AAUAAAUAUCUUUCACAAUUUUCCACAAAACAGGUUUCCUUUGAAGAUGAUGAAAGCAUUCAAUGCAAGUUAGAACAGUUUAUUUCCGGUACGAAGCCAGGAUUCAGGCAAAGCAGAUCCCUGUUCUUGACAUGGUUAGAUUUCAAGGGAUGCGAGAUGCAACAUAUAUCCCGAUAUCAAUCACAUCGAAAAGAAGUGCAUCGCUAAAACGCGGCAAAUAAAUGAGUUACAAGGGGAAAUUCAGAAUUUGAAAGAAAAACUGGUAAAUAAAGACAGGCAGAUUGCAGAUAUGCAGGCAAACCAAAACAGAAUGUAUGCAGAGAAUGAUAGUCUAAUGCUCAGAGUGAAAAUGGCAGAACAGACAGCAGCAAGGGCAAGGGCUUCCCUACCAAAGGAAUCUCGGGUUGCUGCAAAGAAACAGCUUUUGCAGGAAACGGUUACACAAGCAAACAAUGCCAGAUUCGAUCAGACAGCAGAAACUGAAACUUUAGCCGAAAUAGCAGAAAAUAUGACGGUGGCAGUUGUGGACUAUACAAACCAGAGUGUGUAUAUUGGAGAAAUGGAGGGAAACAUGAUGACCUUUGCCCGUCGGCCAGUCGGAAAACUAACAGUUCUCUCAACGUAAAAAAUAAA